ACCCUCGUUCAACACGCCUCGCUCUUCUUCCUUAAAAAUCAUCUGAAAAAGAAAAACAACGUCAGAAUCCCUUCCUUCAAAAUCCUCCAAUCUUUUUAUCUCCGAGAAAUUUUUCAUGGAUACGUUGUUCCUCGAAUUAAUAAAGUUGAAGAAGUUGAAUCAUCUGGCCAGCAGUUCCUUUCCUGUUUCUAAUUCUCAAUCUCAGCCAUCCGAUCUUUCUGUUUCAAUAGCUUUCCACCGUCCAAUUCCAACUAGUCAAUCUUGUUGUGCUUUUUGCUUCUGACGCUACUUAAUUAGGAGCUCUCAUCAAUCAUCACCACCAUGGGCAGACGGAGUUCACAAAAGAAGAAUGCAGCUAUGCUGGAUAGUGAUGAUACUGAUAGUGUUAGCUCCUCAUCUACUGUCCGUUCCGAUUCUAUGGUUGUGUCAGGCUCUGAGGAUGUUCAAUUUGAUAGGGAGACUUUUCUUGAUCAAUGUUUAGAUGAUCUUUAUGAGAAAAGGGGGUCUACAAGGGAGAAAGCAUUGGCAGCUAUUAUAGAGUCUUUUAAUAGCAAUUUACAGCAUGAGUUUGUGGAAAAGAAGUUUGCUACACUGUUGCAUCAGUGCAUAGGUUCCAUCAAGCGUGGUUCUGCUAAAGAGGUUGCUUUGGCUGCUCACGCUAUUGGACUUUUGGCUUUGACUGCUGGACCUGGAGACAAAUCGCAAGAAAUACUGGAAGACUCAAUCUCUCCUAUUUCUGAGGCCCUCAGAUCUCGAAGUGAAGUAUCUAAGAUGUCUUCGUUAUUGGAGUGUCUGGCAAUCAUCACUUUUGUUGGUGCUGAAGAGCCAGAGCAAACGGAAAAAUCAAUGCAAAUAAUGUGGCAAGUGGCUCAUCCAAAACUGGGUCCCAAUGUCAAAGCAGGUAGACCUUCGCCAGCUAUGAUAACCACAGUAGUGUCUGCUUGGUCAUUCCUGCUUACAACUGUGGAUGGUUGGACGCUUAACCAAAAAAGUUGGCAAGAGCCAAUUUACUACUUUUCUACUUUACUGGAAAAGGAGGAGAGAUCUGUGCGCAUUGCAGCUGGUGAAGCUCUUGCUUUAAUUUUUGAGGUGGGGAGCUUGGAGAAGUUUGCGGGUGAAUCUAAGGGAUCCAGUGAUGGCUCUAACAGUGAAGCAGACAAAUCUCGGGAGCUGGUGCAUAUUCAGGGUCUGAGGGGUAAAAUCUUAAACCAAGUGAGGAAUCUUUCAACAGAGGCUGGUGGCAAAGGUUCUGCAAAGAAAGAUCUCAAUAGCCAAAGAAAUACAUUUCGCGAUAUCUUGGAAUUUCUCGAGGAUGGAUAUAGUCCAGAAACUUCAAUGAAGGUUGCUGGAGAGUCUUUGAGCACAACUUCGUGGGCUCAAUUGAUCCAGUUGAAUUUUUUAAAGCAUUUUCUUGGGGGAGGAUUUGUGAAGCAUGUGCAGGAAAAUGAAUUUCUUCAUGACGUUUUUGGUUUCAAUCCAAAGAAGAAAUUCAUGUCAGCUGCUGAGCAUCGUUUAUCUGCCAGUGAAAAGAGGCUAUACAGAUCACCAAAUUCCGGUCUUAAUAAGGCAAGGACUCAGUUGCUGAACAAACAGAGGAUGAUAUCCCAGGACAAGAACACCGGGCACUAUGCUGUGUGUUUCAACGAGAUGGCUUGAGAUUCAGUAAAUCAUUGAAAUUACAUGUGGCCAGCUUCCCGUUGUACUCCGUUCAUUGUUUUAGUAGUAAUCACAUAGCGUGCUAGUUUCCCAUACUGGAUGUGUUAUUCUUUGUACUAAUUAAAUGAAUAAGGUUUUAAUGUAGUAGAAUGUUGGGCAUAACUGCAUUUGAUAAACUGUUUACUGGGAUGAACUAUUUUGUCUCCCAAAGACAGAAGUUGCAGUGAAAGUGCAAGUCUCAGCAUUUUGACAGUGCAAAUAUCAA